AUGUCGGAUAUGUACCUUUUCGCGAACGUCAACUUCGUGCCCGGCCACUACGGCGAUUGGCAGGCAGCCUACGACAAGCUGGCCGAGUACGUCUGGAGCGAGGAGAAGAGCACGAAAACGUACUACUUUGGCAUCCCGUUCGACUAUGCCAGCGACGUGUCCAACACGACGCUCAUGUUUGCGUUCGAGGUGUACGAGAACAUGGCGGCACUCACGGAUGUCCACCUCAAGUCGUCCACUAUGGGGACCUUUCUCAAGACCGCUCUGCCCUGCAUGACCACGGGUCUGGACUUGCUGUACUACAGCUACGCCGCCGGCUUUCUGGACAAGCCCGGCGACAAGCGCGAGUGCGGCGUGAUGCACGACAUGCGGAUCCACUGCACCACUCCCGCAGGCCGCGAUGUCGUCGAGAAGGCCCUCCGCGAGCAGGUCGAGCCUGCGGUGAGCAAGGAGGACGACGGUGUUUACACCUGGCUGGUCUGCCGGCUAAACGACGACGACAAGGAGAUCAGGGUGUACUCGCGGUUCCGCUCGAGUGAAGAUCUCGAACGGUACUUGAGAAUGCCAGAGGUCCAGCGCUUCUGGAGGGAGCAUGGUCAGACGGAGGUUGCGACCCUGGAGCAGAGGGGGAUGGUUACACCGCUGAGAUUGGGUGGAAAUUCAGAAUCUGUGUUUCUGGUUGCUGGUAGAAAAGCUUGAUUGCCGACCGGAAUCUUGUGUUUCCACUGAUCCGGGUGUCCAACUCAUAAUUAUUUGGAGACCGUCGGAAGACGGUUCUAGAGACGGUGAGAAAUUCGGUGCGGACAACCUCGAAGCAUUCUCAGCAAUUAUGAAACAGCUAUUACAUCGUGCCUGUCAAUGACUAAACUGAGAUUACUUUUUGUGUACUAAAAAGAAACGCCACCAGGCACACAAUGUUCGCCCCUCGACG